GCAACCCGGCAGGUUUGUGUCAAAGUGUGUCAGUGUCAGAUCAAUCAAACGCCGUGUGCUGCGUUGAUUAUAAAUCGUGACGUAGAUUUUGUAUUAAUUUCCAUUCAAAUACCGUUUUCCACAAUCGGGAUUCGGGAGUGUGCUUGUGCCUUCGAUAAGUGGCUAAAAAAAGUUAAAAAACUAUCAUGGCCGCCACGAACAAUCCUUACCAACACCUUCUGAAGACUAUCCAGAUCGACGGGAAACAGUUCAAGUAUUAUGACGUCACUGGUCUUGGAGAGAAAUACGAUCGUCUCCCCUACUCCAUAAGGGUACUCCUGGAGUCUUGCGUGAGGAAUUGUGAUGGCUUCCAAGUUCUGCAGAAGGAUGUCCAGAACGUACUGGAGUGGGAAACCAAUCAGGCUGUCGAAGGGGGCGUUGAGAUCGCCUUUAAGCCGGCCAGGGUCAUUUUGCAGGAUCUCACAGGUGUACCAGCUGUGGUAGACUUCGCAGCGAUGCGUGAUGCUGUAAAGGAUCUGGGUGGAGAUCCGCAGAAGAUCAACCCGAUCUGCCCAGCUGACCUUGUCAUUGACCAUUCAGUCCAAGUUGAUUUCGCUAGAAGUCCAGACGCUCUGAACAAGAACCAAGAAUUGGAAUUCGAGAGGAACAAGGAACGGUUCCAGUUCCUCAAAUGGGGGGCUCAGGCCUUCGACAAUAUGCUGAUCGUGCCACCUGGUUCCGGAAUUGUCCACCAGGUUAACUUGGAGUACCUGGCUCGCGUGGUCUUCAGCAAGGAUCUCCUCCACCCUGACUCCGUGGUAGGCACAGACAGUCACACGACCAUGAUUAACGGCCUCGGGGUCGUCGGAUGGGGUGUUGGUGGAAUCGAAGCCGAAGCAGUAAUGUUGGGACAGGCGAUCAGUAUGCUGUUACCCAAAGUGGUUGGAUACAAACUCGUCGGGGAACUGAACCCGCUAGCCACGUCCACUGAUUUAGUUCUUACCAUCACCAAGCAUCUUCGGUCCUUGGGUGUAGUGGGUAAGUUCGUGGAGUUCUAUGGCCCCGGAGUGUCGGCCUUGAGCAUCGCUGACAGGGCGACUGUAGCAAACAUGUGUCCAGAAUUCGGUGCCACGGUCGCGCAUUUCCCCGUCGACGAGCGAUCUCUACAGUAUCUGUGUCAGACUAACCGCUCCAAGGAGAAGAUAGCCAUCAUUGAAGCGUACCUUCGCGCCACGAAGCAGUUCCGGGAUUACAAUAAUCCCGCACAGGACCCUAUUUUCUCUGAAGUAGUGGAAUUGGAUCUUUCGACAGUGGUGACAUCUGUUAGCGGACCGAAGCGUCCUCAGGAUAGAGUGUCCGUCUCCGUGAUGAAGAAGGAUUUCCAGGACUGUUUGACGAACAAGGUCGGCUUCAAAGGCUACGGUCUCUCCCCCGCCAACCUUUCAGCAUCAGGCAGCUUCAGCUACAGCGAUGGCAAGACCUACACCAUUACUCACGGAUCCGUGAUCAUAGCCGCCAUUACAUCCUGCACCAAUACUUCCAACCCUAGCGUCAUGCUGGGCGCCGGUCUUCUCGCGAAGAAGGCGGUGGAGAAUGGUCUUAGCGUGCUCCCCUACAUUAAGACCUCACUGUCACCUGGAUCUGGAGUGGUGACCUAUUAUCUCAGGGAAUCUGGAGUGGUCCCGUACUUAGAGAAACUUGGCUUCAACAUAGUCGGAUAUGGUUGUAUGACGUGUAUAGGAAACUCAGGGCCUAUUGACGACAAUAUCGCCAACACAAUUGAGAAGAACGAGCUGGUAUGCUGUGGCGUGCUCUCAGGCAAUCGUAACUUCGAAGGUCGCAUCCAUCCCAACACGCGAGCUAAUUACCUCGCUUCGCCUCUCCUGGUCAUCGCUUACGCCCUCGCCGGGACUGUCGACAUCGAUUUUGAAACUCAACCGUUAGGUACCAGAGCGGACGGAAGCCCGGUGUAUUUGCGUGAGAUCUGGCCAACUCGCGCUGAGAUACAGGAGGUCGAGAACAAACACGUCAUCCCUGGAAUGUUUAAGGAGGUAUACGCUAAAAUUGAGCUGGGCUCUCCGUCGUGGCAAGCGCUGGACGUGCCACAGGGCAAACUGUACGGCUGGGACCCCAACUCCACCUACAUCAAGAAACCACCGUUCUUCGACGGUAUGACCAGGGACCUGAAGCCCCGUCAAGGUGUGAAGAACGCCCGUUGCCUCCUUCUCCUGGGAGACUCGGUGACGACGGACCACAUCUCCCCAGCGGGCUCCAUCGCGAGGAACUCGCCGGCUGCACGGUUCUUAGCUGAUCGAGGCUUAACUCCCCGCGAAUUCAACUCUUACGGGUCCCGUCGAGGCAACGACGCGGUCAUGUCUCGCGGUACUUUCGCCAACAUCCGUAUCGUGAACAAGAUGGCGCCCGCACCCGGGCCUAAGACCACUCACCAUCCCAGUGGAGACCUCAUGGAUAUAUUUGAUGCCGCCGACAGAUACGCCUCCGAGAACGUUCCUCUCAUCGCUGUGGUUGGAAAGGACUAUGGUUCUGGUUCCAGUCGCGACUGGGCAGCUAAAGGACCCUACCUACUUGGCAUUCGUGCGGUUAUAGCGGAGUCCUUCGAACGGAUUCAUCGCUCCAACCUAGUCGGUAUGGGAAUCAUUCCCCUACAGUUUAUGGAGGGAGAAAACGCUGAGACUUUCGGCCUGAAUGGCAGCGAAAUAUUCAACAUUGAAUUACCCGAGAAUAUUACUCCGGGACAAAUAAUCAGUGUUCAGGUGGACAACGGAAAGACAUUCCAAGUUAAGGUCCGUUUUGAUACAGAAGUCGACCUAACAUACUUUAAGAACGGCGGUAUACUCAACUAUAUGAUCAGAAAAAUGUUGUAACCAUAUAAAUAUAUG